AAAUCAAGCAAGCAAAAACAAAGGAGAGCUUAUCUAUUUAACGUUUAAACAGUGAAGAUUUGUCAGAUCUUAAAGGACUUUUACACAAUGAAAACGUUGCUAAUAGUGUUAGUUUGUACUAGCACCGCUAUUGGCUCUGUCAUUAACGGUCCCGGGGACUCGAAGCGGUUCUUGUCGUCGACAGUGUGCAGUGAUACGGUAGAUAACUGCCAAGCGUAUGGUCAAACAACUUGUACAAAUGCAGUAUACCAUCAGUGGGCGAUCCAGAACUGUGCAAAAACUUGUAAUCUAUGUCCCGUUGGAACCGGAACCGGAAGUAACGGAGGAGGAACCACAAGCGGUAGUUCAUUAGGAUGUUCGUAUAAUGGACAGACUUAUCAUCAAGGUCAAACGUGGAAGGUUGGCUGUACACUGAAAUGUCACUGUCUUAGUGAUUUUUCCGGACAGUACACGUGUAACGAAUUCUGUUUGCAAUGGAAACUGCCCACUCAGUGUCACAUGCAGCCGCCUAUCAGAGGAAAAUGUUGCCCUACACCAUAUUGUCCAGACGGAUUCAUCAUCAAUUUUCCACCAGACUAUGUGGCCGAAUAAUAUUUGCAAAACAAUGAAAUUUUUACAUGUUUACCAUAUUCCACUCUCCCGCUAAAUAGAUGUUUCAAAAAAGUUUUGUUCU